UCGCAGCUAGCACGUACUACUCCAUAUAUAUAUAGUCCAUAUACAUCCAGCAAGAACUGAAGAGGAGGUCGAAUCGAUCGAUGGCUUGCGUGGGGGAGCGUGAGGCCGCGGUGAGGGAGGUGGCGCAGGUGUACGAGCUCAUCAAGCUCCAGCAGCCUCUCCUCCUCCUCCACUCGCCGCAGCACCCGCCGCCGCCGUCGACGGCCAAGCUGGCGCAGAGCCUCCUCGCCAAGGCGCUGCGAGCCCUCAACGUCGCCCUCUCCGUCAUGAAGCAGCAGCAGCCUGUUGUCGUCGUCAAAGCUGAGCCUCAUCAGCUCUCGCCGCCCAGCCCGGCGUCUGCCAACUCCCAAGUCGCCAUAGUACCCAGCACGGCAACAAGAGGCGCCAAAAGAAGAAGAUCAUCCGUAGCAAUAAUGGAAGGGAAGAAGAAGACCUCGUCGUCGUCCUGGGCGACGGUAACCGCCGUGCCCUACGACGACGGCUACGAGUGGAGGAAGUACGGCGAGAAGAAGAUCAACGGGACGCUCUUCACCAGGAGCUACUUCCGGUGCACCUACAAGGACGACGCCGGCUGCCUCGCCACCAAGCACGUCCAGCAGAGGGACGACAACAGCGACCUGCCCAUGUUCCAUGUCACCUACAACAACGACCACACCUGCAACAGAGCCAAAGCUGCAGGCAUAGCCAACAACGGCAGCAGCAGCAACAACCUCGCUGCAUUGCUAGCAGGCUGCUGCAGCAAUGGCAGUGGCAGCGGCAGCGGCAAGGGACUGACGACGAUGACGACGACCAAUGCUCGGCCAACCGAGCAUGCUGCUGCUGCUGCUGCCAUGAACAUGAUGAAGCAAGAACCACCGCUGCUGUUGCCUGCUCUGAUCGACCUCCAGCAGCCUUCUGCCUGUUUUCCUAAUGAACAAAUUCCACAGUGCCAGAAAGAGCCGCUGUUUCCUACAAGUAUGGAGCAGCAGUUCGUCUGUGGUGCUUUAAGAGACCAUGACUCUCCUGUCGAUGGCGACAUCCCGUCGGCCACUGGUUCGUGCAACUCCGGCGAGACCAGCUGGUGGGAUGGGUAUUCUGGGGACAUGGCAGCGCAGAUGGCAGCUGAAGACGACCCUCUCCACGACCUCGACCGGUUCCUCCAGUGCGAUAGCUUCAUGGACUACUAGUAGUAACUAUAGCUCUGCAACCUAAGCUAAUGAACAGGGUUUAUGAAAGUAGAAGUAUAGUUUGAUCUUCCUUUUUUGUUUUCUUAUAGCUAGCUAGGGCAGUAGUUAGUAGUGCCAAUAAUAAUGCAGUGUUUUGUAGGGAAAAGAUAGCGGUUUAUGUAAAAUGAGAUGAUGUAAAAUAGGAUCAUGCAUGAGAUGUAAAACAACGACGAUUUGAUAUGUAUAAUGGC